UUCAGACUUCAGUCAGUAGCCAGACGUGAACCUGUACACUUGUAAAAUGGCUGCGAUAGACGUUGAGCCUAUGCCUAUAAAAGUGGAGACUGCAAUGCGCACGUUAAAGUUGUCGGGGCAUGUCGGUUUCGACAGCCUGCCGGACCAACUCGUAAACAAGAGUGUGCAGAAUGGAUUUGUGUUCAACAUUCUAUGUAUUGGUGAAACUGGCUUAGGCAAAUCUACACUUAUGGACUCCUUGUUUAACACCAAUUUUGAGUCUUCUCCUAGUCCACACAACCUGCCAACUGUUAAAUUGAAAGCACAUACCUAUGAACUGCAGGAAAGCAGUGUACGACUUAAGUUGACACUCUGCGACACUGUGGGAUAUGGUGAUCAGGUCAAUAAGGACGACAGUUUCAAAGCCGUAGUGGAUUACAUUGAUGCACAGUUUGAGGCGUAUUUGCAAGAGGAGCUUAAAAUAAAGCGCUCCCUGCCGACCUACCAUGAUAGCCGCUUGCAUGUUUGUCUUUACUUCAUUUGUCCGACUGGACAUGGUCUCAAAUCGAUUGAUCUUGUUUGUAUGAAGAAAUUGGACACUAAAGUGAAUAUUAUUCCCAUAAUUGCGAAGGCCGAUACCAUCUCUAAGACUGAACUGCAGAAGUUUAAGUCCAAAAUUAUGCAAGAACUCCAAUCAAACGGUGUGGAAAUUUACCAGUUUCCAACAGAUGACGAAUCUGUCUCCGAAGUGAACACCUCAAUGAACAGUCAUAUUCCAUUUGCUGUGGUUGGCAGUACUGAUUUUGUCAAAAUUGGGAAUAAGACCGUGAGAGCCAGGCAGUAUCCUUGGGGGACUGUGCAAGUUGAAAAUGAGUCCCAUUGCGACUUUGUGAAGCUGCGUGAGAUGUUAAUUCGUACCAACAUGGAGGAUAUGCGAGAGAAGACUCACGCGCGCCACUACGAGUUGUAUCGCCGUCGAAGACUCGCGCAAAUGGGAUUUAGCGAUGUUGACGCUCAUAACAAACCGGUUUCCUUCCAACAAACAUUUGAGCAGAAGCGAUCAGCUCAUCUGGCUGAGUUGCAGCUGAAAGAAGAUGAGAUGCGUCAGAUGUUUGUUCAACGCGUUAAGGAGAAGGAGGCUGAACUUAAGGAAGCUGAAAAAGAGCUUCAUGCGAAAUUCGACAAGCUAAAGAAAGACCAUACAGAAGAGAAGAAGCGUCUCGAAGAGCUUCGUAAGAAGAUAGAAGAUGACACAAUUGAAUUCAACCGUCGCAAACAACAGACCCAACACUCACACCACACUCUUACUCUUGGCAAGAGCAAGAAGAAGUGAGAACACACCUCUCUUAGCAGGUCCUUCCGGUAAGACCCAUAGACAAAAACUUUGACUGGGAAUAUUACUACCGCAAAUUUCUCGAUUAUUAGAACUGUCAAUAUUUGGAUAUUUUGUUUACUCUGUGCAAAGAGAGAUUACUAACUUAAUGCCGCCGUAUGUUUUUUUCGGGAGUGAAGUAUUGAAAAAAAAAUCAAAUAUAAUCCAUUAAGUGUUUAAGGUUUACGGCAAACAAAAUUUAUAUUUAAAAAAAAAACUCGGCCAAGUACUGUCUAAUUAGCAAAGCCAAGUAUGAUAAAAAAAUUACCGAUUAACCAAGCAUUAAUCGGUAAAGUUUGUAAUCGGCAAAUGUUUUUUUUUUUAAUAAUCAACAAAAUUCAAGUUAAACACACGUACAAGUUUCGAGAAAACUAUCGCGUUGUUUUGAUUAUUUUUUUUAAUAGUCUGUUAAUACAAUUGAAAUAAAGUAAUACUUUAUAGCAAACCCUCAAGUUUUAAAGGUUUUGGAGAUAAGCGAAAAUGUUUGUUUUAACGAAACUUGUACACAUAACCAAUGUUUGGUCUAAUGUCAAAAACAUUUUCCGUAGAUCUAGAAAUCUUGUUGUGGAUUUUGUUUGCCCUCUCAGAUUGGUAGUGCCUUUCCUUUUCCUUUCUUUCCUUCUGAAUUCUUUGCAUUUCCAGUAGGUUUUUGUUAAUUCCUUUAAUUUUAAAACAUUGUACUAAUGGUAUAAUGAUAUCAGAUUGUAUAAUGGUAUAGUAAUUCUUUUGUAAACCUUUACGUUACAUGAUUUUAAUUUGAUAUGGAUUAUGCUGAUGUGAAAUUUUUGAGUGACUUAUAGAGCUUUUUGCUAUCCAAUAAGGGAGCGUUCAAGUAUAACGUAACGAACUUUGGGGGGGGGGGGGGGCCUUUUAUAAAACGCGGGGUUUGAAUUACGCGUUUUACUAUAUUCGGUUACUGUACUGUACUUGGGUACAGAAAAACGUUACGGCGCGUUACACGGCGGUGGGGGGGGGGUCAAUAAUUUCCAAAAAUUGCGUUAAAAUAAAUACUUGAACGCUCUCCCUAAACAAAACAUAGAUUCAAUAUUCAAGUUUGUAAACACAUGUCAUUUCGAGCUUAUACACACUAAAACUUGUAUUAGCACAUCUAAAUUGCAUUCACAUAAAAUUUGUUAUCAGUGAGGCUAUUUUAUCACAAGUUUUAGGUAUGAACAUAUUUUAAUAAUAGCAGUGUGUACUUUACAAUUAAUUAGUGGAAAGUUCUAGAGAUUGGUAACACUGAUCGCGCUCUUGUCAUUUGUCACAUUUUGUGUUAAGCGUCAUGUGAUCUGUACAUUACACAUUCUCAUUGAUACUUUGUUAUACAAUGUGGAAUACAUUUCAUACGUGUACGUGGGGCCUGAAAUGAAAAAAAAAAUUGUACGUGGUCACGUGACCACUCUCAUACAAAUACGUUUGGCGUUGGGUCAUGGCUCUGUGUUUUGACCAAAUCUCAACAAAUGUUAUUAACCAUAGACUGUAAAAAACUUAAUACCGCCCAAAAUGACGGAGUUACCGAAAUCUAGAAGUUUCGCUGGCAGAAUUUGCUUUAUUACAUUCCGGAUAUAACGAUAGAUCAGUAGACAUAUUCACUGCUUACAAUACAAUUUGCUAAAAUUGUUUGCUAACUAAGUAUCUCGUCCAAAUGGACUGCCAAAUUUACUUGCACCUAGCCAUAUACUGACAUUUUAUACCAAAUUUUAUUUAUCUCUAGAAUAAGUUAGUUAUAAGAAUAAUUUUCGUCAAGUAUUAUUGGAGAAUCGAUCUUGUAAUUAAUUUGAUUAAAAGAAUGAAUUAGUGUGUAUUAAAAUUACAACAAACACUUUAUUACAAGUUUGUGAUUUUUUUUUGAAUGCAUACCUGAAGAUAAACUUAACAGAAAUAUUGCUUGGAUAGUCGUUCAAAGUUUAAUUGUAAUUAGUAAUUCCUAAUGAGAUUAAAUGCUGAACACAAACUAUGUAUGUUUUAUAUCAUGUAAUGUUUAUAGAUUUCUCGAUUGCCAAGUAGAUUAACCAAUUUAGUAAUGCACUAAGCAUAUAAAGCCUUUUUAUUCUAAUGGUUGAUCUGUGUGUAAUUCAAACAUUUGUGUCCAUGCAAAACGUCAGAUUAUUCAUUCAUAAUUAAAAACAUUUGUGUCCAUGCAAUACGUCGGAUCAUUCAUAAUUUAAAAUGUUAGGGAGAACACACAAUAAUUAGUAUUCUAAUAAAGAGUUUAGAAACUCAUUCUAACUGCACUCAUAUAAAUAAAUAUCUAAGUGUGUUGACUGAUUUGGUUUAAAAUUGUAUGAAAGUUGUGUUUUAAAUAGAUUAAACUUGGCUUAACUAGUUGUAUUAUGAAUUUUAAUAUACACAUAUAUGAGCUCUCUUAUUUAAUCUGCAUUUAUUCAUUCCCUUAUAGUAUUACAGUUUUGUAUUUUAUAGGUAAUAAAUUAUAUUGAUAU